AUGUGUGGUAUAUUUCUACAAUAUAGUGGGAAUACGUCUGAUAACAAUGAUGAUCUUUUUUUUGAGUUUGACGAACUAGCUAGUGGCCAUGGGCCUGACAUCAUUGCUGGGAAAAUAUUGGGUAAUGAAGGGUCAUUACUGCCACUUAUAGCUGAUAGAGGACCAAACUAUGCGUCCUUGAAAUACUCUAAAGAAGAUCAUAUUUGCUGGUUUUCGUCAGUGCUGUCUCUGAGAGAGCCGCUGACGAAACAGAGCAUUUCCGUUGGAACCAGGUUUGUCUUACAAUAUAAUGGCGAGUGUUACAAUAAGUCGAUUAAAAAUAACGAUACACAGUGGAUUGUUGAUCAGCUAACCAUCUGUGAAGAUGUUCCUGCUGUACUUAGGUCGCUGGAUGGAGAGUUUGCUUACACGAUCUACGACAAGCACAUGCGACAAGUGUUUUUCGGCAGAGAUGCAAUCGGGAAAAGAAGUUUGAGUUAUCGAUGGGAUCCUAAGGAUAAGGAAUGCAGUAUUGCUAGUGUAACAGGAAAGAUUGAGGGGUUCGAAAAUUGUGUCGCUGGAGUAAUCUAUGUCUAUGACGUUGCCCAGAAUGAGGUAAGGGCCGACCUGAAAAUCAGGCCAGAUGCAUUCAGAGUCUCGAAUGAGGAAGACAGGGAACUCGUGGGGUUGGAUGAUUACGUGAGCCAGCUCUACGAUCUUCUCAAAGAAGCCGUCCAGAGAAGAAUCGACACAAUACAUCCGCUGCAUAUCGAGAACAGUCCUGUAUCAGUACUGUUUUCGGGCGGAUUGGAUUGCUCGGUCAUCGCUGCUUUGGUGUGUCAAUAUAUAAAAAACUCCAAUCAGAACACAAUUCUUGAGUUGCUAAACGUCGGAUUUGAAAACCCCAGAACGGGAUUAAUGCCAGGCGACGUUCCUGAUAGAAUCCUCGGGCUCAAAAGCUAUCUUACUUUGAAGAAACUUUUCCCGGAAGUGACUAUCCGAUUCCUUGAGGUUGACGUAAGCUUCCAAGACUUUCUUGACCAUAAGGGCAGUAUAAUGAACUUGAUUUAUCCCAAGCAAACCGAAAUGGACCUAUCGAUAGCAGCUGCAUUCUAUUUUGCCGCGAGAGGUCGGGGAUUUAUUAAAGACGAUUCUGGGGCCAGAAUUUCGUACAAUAGAAACGGGGUGGUACUUUUCAGUGGGUUGGGGGCCGAUGAAUUGUAUGGUGGAUAUCACAAAUUUGCCAAUAAGUCAAAACAAGAGCUUGUCGGGGAAUUAGAGAGACAAAUAAAUAACAUCCACGACAGAAAUUUGAGCCGAGACGAUAAAGUUGUGGCGUCCAAUGGGGUGGAGGUUCGGUAUCCUUUUCUGGAUGAAGCAGUCGUUGAGUUUUCCACUGGAUUGCCAAUCACUUAUAAAGUCAACAAGAUGAUUUUGAGGAAACUAGCACAGGAAAGGCUGUUCAUGUCCUCCAUCAGUGAAGAGCCAAAGAGAGCCAUUCAAUUCGGCGCUAAAAGCGCCAAAAUGACGAAAAACGGAAACAAACAUGGCACCGAUGUGGUCGCUGAGUGA